GAGUCAAUGCGGAAGUGGCUGCGACACCAACAUGACGGCACGUCAUUUGUAAACAUAGCCAGUGCAUCGUUCAUUCAGAGUCGGAAGCCUCACAGCAGGUGGUAGUCCGACAGCAGAAAGUGCCCCUUCUACUAUGUUGCCAGUCAUGUCCCUUGACCGACAGAUCGUCACGGACCAACAUGCCAAGUCUAUUCUGACCACGAUGAACAACCUCCGCAAGGCCAACACCCUGUGUGACAUCACUCUCAGGGUCAUGGGAGAGUCCUUCCCUGCACACAGGAUCGUACUGGCAGCCUGCAGCGACUACUUCUGUGCAAUGUUUACAAAUGAGAUGUCAGAGCGAGACAAGUCUAUGAUAGAGCUACAUGAGAUAUCACCUGAUGUGAUGAGAGAGCUACUGGACUUUGUAUACACAGAAACAGUGGACGUCAGUGUGGAGAAUGUCCAGGAAUUGUUGCCGGCUGCGUGUUUGUUGCAGCUGAAUGGUGUGAAAGAGGCAUGUUGUUCUUUCUUAGAGAAUCAGCUUGACUCCUCAAAUUGCCUUGGAAUCAAAAUAUUUGCUGAACAGCACAGCUGCAAGGCAUUAUGGGAAGCUUCAGAGUCAUACAGUCUUCAUCAUUUCGAGGAGGUGGUUCAGCAGGAGGAGUUUAAGACUCUUCCUCUGGCGGAGAUCGAGAGAUUAAUUAAAAGUGAUGAACUUCAGGUUAACUGUGAGGAACCUGUGUUUGAGGCGGUGAUCGACUGGGUCAAGUACGACCGAGAGAGUCGAUGUGAGUGUCUUCCUGAACUGCUCAACUAUGUCCGACUUCCGCUGCUCAGUGCUCGGUACAUCACGGAUGUUAUAGACCAAGAGAACCUUGUGAGACGGAGUCACAAGUGUAGGGAUCUGCUAGAUGAGGCCAAGAAGUUCCACCUUAGACCUGACCUCCGCCUGAAGAUGGUCAGCCACAGAACCAAGCACAGAAUAGGAAUAGGGGAUGCACUGGUUGUUCUCGGAGGAUUUGGAUCUCAACAGAAUCUAGUCAAUGCAGUUGAAAAAUAUGACCCCCGAACCAAAGAAUGGACCAAAUUGCCUUGUUUAACACGAAGAAGAAGAUAUGUGUCCGCCGCGUCUCUGGAAGGCAAGCUGUAUGUGAUCGGAGGAUUUGAUGGUCAGUCUCGACUUAGCAUGGCGGAGUGUCUCGACAUGACCGAGGAUAAGAACAUGUGGACCAUUGUGUCCUCCAUGAACCAUCGGAGGGGUCUGGCCGGCUGCUGUGUGUACAAGAAUCACAUCUAUGUGUGUGGAGGGUUCGAUGGCUACACACGGCACACAAGCAUGGAGAGGUACAACCCCAGCACCGACGACUGGACCAUGCUGAAUGGCAUGUCUAUAGGACGUGAGGGGGCAGGACUCGUGGUGGCUGGCGAUCACAUCUACUGUAUUGGGGGAUACGAUGGCAUCAACCUCUUGAACUCAGCUGAGAGGUACAACCCUGCCACGGAGGAGUGGUCAACGAUUACCAGCAUGUCCAUCCAGCGGUCAGGAGCAGGUGUGGCAGUGCUAAAUGACAUCAUCUAUGUGUGUGGGGGUUACGACGGGACUGAACACCUGGCCACGGUGGAGAGUUACGACCCGAGCUCCAACCACUGGACGUCCCUACACCACAUGAGGAUCCCCCGGUGUUAUGUGGGGGCAUGUGUGGUCAGGGGGAGACUCACAGUUGUAGCAGGAUAUGAUGGCAACACCCUUCUGAACACUGUGGAAGCUUAUGAUCCCAUGACAGACAUGUGGGAGAUCCUGGAAAGCUGCAUGCAGACGCCCAGGUGUGAUGCCGGCAUUGCUGUGGUCAGAAUGCCUUGACCUUGACCUUGGGAUAUGCUACAACUCUAUCUCUCUGGGCAGUGUGGUUGCACUGUUGUACUGUCGGUGUUCACGCCCAAAAAGAAGCACAGAAUGAAGGGAUACCAAGGUACCAUAUCAUUGGUACCCAGGUUACUGCCUUUUGUUACCAAGGUUACGACCAACUGGCAAUAUGUCGUCAUCAUAGGUAAUUUUGUGAAGUGUUCUGCUUUUCAUAUAAGACAUGAUUUAAACACCAAUUUUAUACGAUUCAUUUGGAAACACAUCCCCUCUGAAUGUCAAGUUAUCAAAAAUCUUAGUUUCUAUUUUUAAGAUUUUAGAGUAUGUUCAAAACAAUAUUACAUAGCCAUGAUAUGUGAAGUCUGACAACACAAAAACCUGGUACACGAUGCUCAGCUGAUGCAGCCAGUUCUCGCUCUACUGAUGAGGAGUCGUUCACAUCUGACAGACAACUGUGUCUUGUCUACAAGAAGACAAAUGAUUUUCUUGAAGAGAUUACCAAUUCAAGAGAUUCUUCUUUACUUUAUCUAUAUAUUCUUCUAUUUAUUUAUUGUUUCAAUUCAUGUAAGUAAUAAAAAAAAUUUGUAUGAAUAGAGGUGUGGUAAUGGUAACUGGUGUACAAAAAAAGGUAUUUGUUGGGGUGAAUGUUUGAAUGUUUGUGGCUUGGUUCACCUGUUAAACACUUCGAGAUUUGACCAGGUGACCUGUGCAUGACGUGGCAUUGAACUGUGAUAUCAGUAGUGAUACCAUCUUCUUGUAUCCAGAGUUUUAUGUCUCCAGUCUAUGAUAAGCUUAUUGGACUCACACACCACGAACUUGUCAUUCUCAAUUGAUGUCAUUCUCAAUUGAUGUCAUUCUCAAUCUCGCUGAUCACUAAGUGGGGUAGCCGAGUGGUUUAAGUAUUCGCUUGUCUUGCUGAAGAUCCAGGUUCGAUUCCCCACAUGGCUACAAUAUGUGAAAUCCAUUUCUGGUGUCCCCUGCCCUGAUAUUGGUAAAAACAGUGUAAAACCAUCUGCAUCACUAUCUUACUUGUUGCUGUGUGUUCAUUGAGGCUAUGUUCAACCAUGAUAAUGAUUGACAACUGUAUGUUUAACAUAAUGUAAAUUGUAUCAGGAUCAACAUGAAGCUGUAGCAGUGAAUAAAUACAGAGUAUUCACAUUAUAUAACUCAUGUCUAACACACCUGAUAGUCCAGGGUGGUGUGGGGUAGCCUAGUGGCUACAGUGGUCACUUAGCAUGGAAGAUCCAGGUUCGAUUCCACACAUGUGUACAAUGUGUGAAGCCCAUUUCUGGUGUCCCCCCUCCAUGAUAUUGCUGGAAUAUUGCUAAAAGCGGUAUAAAACUAAACUCACUCUUGGGUGUGGUGAAAGUCUGUACCUUACAUCAGUUGCCAUGAUGCAAGUAUGUGGCACUUUCAAUGUGCAGGAUCAUGGGGUAGAAAAUAUCACAUAUUUUCCAGCUGUUUCAGGUUACAGUAAUGAGUUUGGUAAAUGUUUUAUUAAAACAUUUACAAAUCUGUAUGCUUUGAUCAUGUUCUUCUCUUGGGAUUGUAAAAUAGAUGGGGUAUAUCAAGUAAUGUUUGAAGUUUUCAGAAGGGUUUCACAUUAUAGUCACGGUCGUAUUGUAGAUGGUGACAGACAGUUUGCCUGAACCAUGAAGAGUGCAGUAUUCAGAAUACUGGUACAAUGAAUAGUAGAUCAUCAAGGUGAGAUACUAACCUCAACACAGGUUGAAGGUUAAUAUAUUGGUUAUUGUUUUGAAGAUGUUCAGCAGAUUGUCGAUAAUUGUAAUUUAUGAAUGAGUAUUUGAAUAGAAGCUGUAUAUUUUGGAACAUUCCGAUGGUCAGUAUUUUGUGUGUGAAUAACUGUAAAUAAAAUAAUUAUUUGUUACUUUUUCACUACAGUCUCUAACACAGACCCACCUAUUCUAGAACACUGGAGUAGUUACAGGCAUUGCAAUUGUGUCUGUUAUCAGACUUAUGUUUUCUUUUCAAAUUGAACCAUCACUGCGAAAUAUUCAGUCACAGAUUUCGUUUUUUGAUUUUUUGAUUUUGCUAUUUCGUGUGCGAGGAGUCCCUGUUUUAAGCUAUUUCAGGCUGUACUUGUUUAAUUAUUGCGAUUAUUAUAGUUCUUCUCUGACUGAAUCAGUUUCAUGGUGACCUUGCUUUAAAUGACCUUGACAGUAGACAUGCACAGUGGACAUACAUACGAGAAAGCAUGUUAAACCACAUGGGUACAAUGUGUGAAGCCCAUUUGAGGUGUCCCCCUGCCGUGAUAUUGCUGUCAAAUUGCUAAAAGCAGUGUAAACAAAACCCACUAACUCGUUAGUAUGACUAACUUCUGGUUCCUGUUCGAUCUUAACAUCACCUAUUGCUGUAAGUAGCUAGAAGGAAGAAGUUAUUAUCCUGAACAUAAAACUUUCAAACUACCUGUCACCAUUUUCUUCAGCAGUAUUUGUGUUCCAGUAAAUGGAUGGAAACAAAAGCAUUAAAGCAUUACCUAUCUUAUUUCCAAAUAUUUAGAAUAAUAGAGAACAGCAUCCUGUUGAUAGAGCAGUAACAGGGGGAUGUUUUCAAUGUACUGUUGUUACCAUGGUUACAGUAUUAUAUUAAGAUACUGGAAAGCAUUGUCUUGCAUUUAUUGUUGAAUGUGAAAGUUUUCCUUUGUUGUUUUGUGGUAUCAUGGUCAGACUUAAAGAUGUGUACGUGAAAUGAUUCUUUAUGUGGCAUGAUGUUUUUUGGGUGUAACUAUAGUAACAUACAAGCAGCCAGCACAGGAUAUGCCUUUGUGUAAAUCAUUUGACAUGAUUACGGUAUGGUCUCAUCUCUGAACAUAACUGAAAGUUUGGUCUUGAACACAUAUGUAUCUCAAAUAAAAGUAAUAUUGAUAAUCUAUUUAUAUACUAUAAGCACUUAUUAACCCUGUCAAUGGAUCAGAGUGUGUUUGCUGUUAUCCUCCCUGAUGCUGAUGCUUUCAAUCACUGGAUUGUCUGGUUCAGAUUUGAUUAUUCAGAAAUCACUGUCAAACUGCUGGAAUAUUGUGGAGUGUGGUGUUAAACUGUGUCCAGUUGGAAUGGAGAAGAACAUAACAGUGUUUUCAUUCUAACAGUCUACUUAUCUGUAAAUCUAUCUGUGAUAAAUUAUAUAUUUGAAGCUUCACUCUGCAACUCCCUCGAGAUUCAUGUGAAUGAUAAUUAAACAAAGACUAUGGAUGGCCAUUACAAGUGAUACACUUUCAGGGAAUAAUCCAUCAGAGUUGUAUGCCAUUACUUUGUUCAGAGAUGUGACCAAAAAUAUUUAAACUGAAAAGUGUAUGUUUAAUUAUACAUGUUGUGUUUUGAAUAUAGUUUCUAUUGUAUGAUUAAUUUGUAUACCAUUGACAGAGGGAGUCUACAUGCCUUUGUAUGUUGUUCUGCUAGUUGUGAA